AUGAAAAGCAGUGAAAAUUUUUCUCAGCUUGUCCUAGGACUACAUCCUGAUCAAGUUCCACCCGGUGAAGAUGGUGAUUCAUGUAUAACACGGAACUUGUGCUCGCAUGGAACAGUUUGCGUUCAGACCCUUACAGGCCCACGAUGCAUGGCUAAAGAUCCAGACAAUAAUUGCGACAAGAAAACAUGCUCUGCGGGAAAAGCAUGCGAGUACAGUGAACCAGAAUGUAAUCCGGGCACGGUGUGCUAUGCGGAACCGAAGUGCAAGAAUCAACUAUCCCAAAUUACACCUGUGGAGCAAGGCACACAAAUGGUCGCCAACACAUUCAGUGCAACAGAUAUGCGCAUCAAUCCGCCAGGUCAGCUCUUAGAGAGUACAAAUGAAGUUUUAGAUAAGGAAUGGUUUAGGGUCGCCAGUUCAGACAAGCAAGGGAAUGGAUGA